AUGUGUGGCUCAGUAACUCAUUCAACGCUUUACGGAUGUUACCGAAGCCUGUUAGAAGCGGUUGCACGUUUGAAAGAAGUAAUGCCAGGAGGUGAGCUUGCAGGCUGUUUGUCAGGUGGAACAUCCGAAGGCAAAGUAGCAAACUGGAAACGCCGCCGCGCCACCGACGAGACGCUUUCCGAGCAAUGGAACCUACAGGAAGCUAUCAGUAUCGGUUCAAAAGUUGAAUUGGUGCGCUGGGCGACGGUGUCCGGUGUAUUAGCUGUUUCUGCCUGUUCUUUGGUAACACUGUUGAAAGAGCAACCAAUCCUCGCAGAUGCGAAUGCAGAUGUUGUUUACCAGCAAGGUGUUUGUUGCAUCGAAGCCGACAAACUCAAUUUUAGGACAUUUCAGGGCACAGUUAAGCAAACGAUAUCAAUGCCCGAAAUGGAAGGCGAUCCGAUGAUGCUGGAUAUCAAUGGUUCCUGGAUGUGUGUCACUAACAGCAAUGGCUUCAUUCGUAUCUACGAUUUAUCCGCAAGAAUGUUACAGGUGCUUCACUUUCAGACAUACCCGAGCAUAAUGGUUUGGGAUGCAGAUUCUGAUACAGUAUCAAAUUUCAAUUUUAUAUAUGGCAUGACUGACCAGCAAAAGUAUGAAGCAGAUGCCGAUACAGCGCUUGCUGCUGGACAACGCCCAAGCACUGCUGCUGCGCGGUUUGUGCUUCUCUCUCUUUGA